UCCUCUUCCUCUGCGUCGCCUGCAUGCAAAUGGCUCCGACCGGGACAGAAUAAGGAUUGGUUAAAACAGUCCUCUAAAACCAACAGGAGCUUUUUCCUCUAGUCCGAGGUGCGCGGCAUCAUCACUGACAAUUUUCCAGAGCCUCCACAAAGGCUCAUACAGGUGACAAGUGUGUCCAACUUCACUGCACCGCCUGUAUUGACGCGCUUUGGAGUGCGUUUUGCUCCAGAGGCGGUGCGCUGCUGCGUGACACCCGCCGCUUCUUGUUUUGACGUGACAUUUCGCCCGCGCUGCUUUGUGCAUAUGUGGCCACAUAUGACGCAUUUGCGCCUUUAGCUGUUUUUCGAACGCCGUGUUUUGGGACGCUGGAGUGGUUGCGUUUUCGGACAAGUUUCCCCUGCUGAUUGGUAUGUUCGUCAUGUCCGCCUGGGUUAACUUGCGCGUUUCUCUGUAGAGUCACACAGAGCCGGUGCUAGCCGGUGCUAGUCGGCGCAGAAGUUGGUUUGGAAUAAUAAUAACAGUGCGGAGCGCGGAGGAGGGGAAAUAACAGGUGACAGCGGCGUUCAGGGGAUGUUGAGCGGCUGAAUUUACUACCAGCAUCAUCAGCAUCUCCGUGUGAGGAUCAAAACUGCGGGGGACUGCUGCUGCUCACUCCUCUUCCUCCACAUACUUUUUUUUUUGCAGAAGCCAGCCUGUGAAUUUCAGCUCCUGAAACCACAGCUGCGUAAACUUGGCCAGAUCUGGUGACAUUGCACCCUCUGUGUGUGCGUGCGUGCGUGUGUGUGCUGAGCAGCCUGGAUGGAUAUGCGGCUCGCUGAGGGAAUUUGAAAAGCAAGGGGGGAUUACUAUCAGUCCUUCUCCUAUUAUAACCUCAAAAUGGAUGCCGAGGACAGGCUGUGGAGACGCCACUGGAUUAGCCACUCUUCUGCUGAUCUGCUUGACAUCUGAGCGGCACGAGGGUUCAAAGUUUGGAUAAUCUGAAAGGCUGAAGGUGUAGGAUGCAGUCUGGAGUGAAGACGCUCUCCGCAGGUGGAGGUGCGUCACUCUGCUGCCUGCUGCUCCUCUGGCUCAUCUACUCCCAUCUGCUCAGAGAGGGCCAGUUGGCGGUGGGAACCUGCGAGAUAGUGAUGCUCAACAGAGACAGCAGCGUUCCCAGACGGACCAUCGCUAGGCAGACGGCCCGCUGCGCCUGCCGGAGAGGCCAGAUCGCCGGGACCACCAGGGCGAGGCCAGCAUGUGUAGAUGCACGAAUCGUGCGGAGCCGUCAGUGGUGUGAGAUGGCUCCCUGCCUGGAGGGGGAGGUCUGCAGCCUCCUGUUCAACCGAUCCGGCUGGACCUGCACCAGGGGCAGCGGUCGCAUCAAGACCGUCACGCCUUUGCCCAAGGAGCCGUCGUAGGAUGCAGAGGAAAACAGCAAGUUCAUUGACAUCCACGCUACAAAAGGAACUGAGACCUAUCACCACACCAGAACAUUGUCUCCAUUCACCAACAAGGCUCUCAAACUUUACACCAGACUCAACCUUCAAUUUAAAAAAAGAAAAUAACCCAGAGCUUCUCCAGACACCACAGCGAAAGACUCUCAGCAGACACUCCUGAGAACUCUGAGAAGUCUCAAGUGAGCAGCAUGGUACACCAUCGACAUUGAAAUUUCACCGCAGCCAAAUUUAUGGACACAUCACAGAACAAAAUCCCUGUGAGGAACAAUUAUUAACAGGGCAGUGGAAUAUUCAUUGAAGUACAUUACCUUUUUUUUUUUGUCUUUGUUAUCCGACAUCAGGUCUGCAGGGGACGGCUCCUUGAAGAUUUUUUGGAACCUUUGUGGCUUGAUUUAGACUUUAGUCAGAAGGUCUUUCAAAAGUCAGCCCCUUCAUCUUCUUUACUAUCCCCGCUAUGAAGCCGUCCAGGGCUUUAUUCCAGCCAACUUUCUUUAAUGACAGCUGCUAAAGAGUCGUGACUUUACAGAGGUUGAGCCAGGCCACAUCAUCCAUUGGAUUCUAGACUUUAAAACCUUUCUCUCAUUUGGCUGGGUGAAACUUUACAAGGCCUUAGCCUCCAAAAACCUCUGCAUACAUAGACGGGACAGACAUUGUGAAAAAAAAAAGUCUAUUGGAAUGUCACAGAAGAGACGACAGAGAUGAGUUGACUGUCUUUCCUCAGUGGUCACAAUGGUGAAAUGUGGACAUUUUGGACAAUUUAGCUUAUAACUUAUGUUUUUUAUGUGGUGCCAACAUAGACUAGAAGAGUAGUUUUUGUCAAUGAACCUCACACAUCUUGUACACACCACCGGGAGCAUUUAGCAGAUGUGGACCCCUGGCUCAUUUUAUUGGUCUAUACUUUGUGUGUCUGUAUGUGUGUGUGUGUGUGUGUGUGUGUGUGUAUGUGCAUGUCUGCAUCUGUCCUUGUCUGAAUUUGUGUGUGUGUGAGUGUGUAUGCUUGUGUGCCUUUGUGUGAGUGUGCGUGCGCAUCUAGAGAUACACUGUGAAAUAAGUCAUAUCCAAUGCAUUAUUCAUACUCUUGUAUAUUUUUGAGACACGCCCAGACCAGAGCUCACCAUCUGGCAAAAGAAACAUUUGUGAUUUUACAGAUGUUGGAUCUCGUUUGAUUCUUCAUGGAUGAAUCCUUGUUUUUUCUUUCUCAUGUUUUCUUUAGUAUAUAGAGAUAUUUAUAUUGGGCGGGAAAUAUAAAAUAAACUGGGGUCAGACCUACAGUAUGUCACAUAAGUUAAAUUCUGUAAUUAAAAAUCAAUUCAUGUGUGAUUAAAUGUAUUCCGAAUACUUGUCUAAAUUUACUAUAUUUUGAUAUGAAAUGUUUUGGCCAGCUGAAAGUGCUAUUUGCUG